AUGGACGGGGCUCCUAGAGGUCAUAGCGUGAGAGGGCGCAGUGCUAGAGGCCGUGGCGGCAAAGCUGGUGGUAUAGCUGGAGGCCGAGCAGGCCCAGGUCGUGGUCGUGGACUUCCGGAGGAGUUGGGAGAGAGUGUAGCGCCGAGUGUGGCGACUGCGUCAGUGCCCCAGUCGGUAUCCGUGGCGAGUGAGGCAAGUGUGGAUGCGAGUGUUGGUUUGGGAUCAAGGGCUGCUCCGGGUGGGGGUGCCGCUCCGGCUCCGGGUUGUGAUGACUUGGUGGUGGGUUUGCUGAUGCAGCUAUUGGCUCGUUUUCCGCCGGUGGUUCCACAAGGGGCUCCAGGAGUACCGCCACUGGCAGAGGCUGUGCAGCCGGGGGCUGCGGGUGCGGGUGUGUCUCGCUAUGUGGAUAUGAUAGGGCACAUGCAAAGGAUUGGUACGCCUUUCUCCGAGGGGAGAGUUAGUCCUGAGGAGGCGGACGCGUGGCGUUAG